AUGGCUUUAGUGGUGUUCAUUUUACUGCUAUUUGCUACCGAAGUUCACUCAUUUUUUGAUCUUUUUGGAAAGUAAGUGAACGUCUUGAGUUUUUUUUGAUAUAACCUGAUUUGUUUUAGUCAUAUCCCACUUUUUCCUGCAUGUGGUCCCCUUUGCAACGGCUUAGGUUUACCUCAACUACCUAAUUUGUUUCAACCAUCUCAAUAUGCUGCUCCUCGAGCGCCACCUAUCGGUUAUCCAAAUCCACUCGACGCCUAUCCAACAGUUCCGCCGUUAAUUCCAGUUCCAGCCCAAUAUAUUCCACCACCACCUCCCGCACCAAUAGUUGUUCCACAAUAUGUAAAAACUGUGAGAGUUCCACCAAGUGGGGGAAAUAUGAUGAUUUAUCCCACAAAUCUACCACAGUCAACAAUUAUGAGAACGACUGGUGGCGGAGCGACUGGAAGUAUUUUUGAAAAGGUUGUGAUUGCUGCCACAGAAAAACCAUUGAUUCGAACGACUGUUGUUGCUAUGAAAACUAAUAAGAAAGUUCGACCGGUUAAAGUGAAAACAUCAACUCCAUUGCCAAUUUCGACAAAUAAAACGUCAGGAAUUCCACCAUCUGGAAUAACCUUCAUCGAAACUGAAGAAGGCUUGAAAGAAGUGAAGACUGGAAAUAAAAUAAUUGUGCAAACUGCAACUGGACCCAAGGAAGUUCUUCUCACUGGAAAAUCAACAAAAACUGCCACGAAAUCGGUGAUAAUUCAAACACCAGAUGGUCCCAAAAAGAUUUUUGUAGCAGACGAUGAUCGACAGAAACAAACAAUUGUUGUUCAAACUCCAGAUGGGAUUAAAGAAAUUGUGGUAGCUAAAAAUAGUGGUAAACCUCUUGUUAUUCAAACUCCCGAAGGACCGAAAAAAAUCACAGUUAUUGAAACCGCAUCUUCUGGAUCAGGACGAUCGGUCAUAAUUCAAACACCAAAUGGUUUGAAAGAAGCAAUAUUGACUGAUGCGGGACCAGCUACAGGACCAGCAACAGGAAGAUCUGUUAUUGUUCAAACUGCUGGAGGAGAGCGAGAAAUUAUUGUUGUUGAGAAUGGAAAACCUGCCGGGGCAGGACCAAUUGUCAUCAAAACUCCUGAUGGUUUGAAACAAGUUGUUUUGACAGCAGCUGAAAAUCCUGGAAGAAAAGUGAUUGUUCAAACAUCUGAAGGAUUUAAAGAAGCAAUUCUUACGGAAACAUCACCAUCAAUAAACAGUUCACUGACUUCAACUGGUAAAUCUUUGAUUCUUCAAACAUCUGAAGGACUCAAAGAAGUCAUUAUAUCUGAAACUGGAACAGUUCCACUGAAACUUGGAAAUGGUCCAAUCGUUAUUCAAACACCAGAAGGGCCAAGAGAAGUUAUUUUGUCAGGAUCUACUGAACCAACAAAAAUAACUGUUAAUACUUCUAAUGGAGUCAAGGAAGUUCCAGUGAAUCCAGCUGGAAAGACUGUUCUAAUUCAAACAGCUGAUGGGGUCAAAGAAGCAAUUGUGACAGAUAUUGGAACUGCGACUGGGCCAGUGACUGCAAGAACUGUUGUUAUUGAUACUGCCGAUGGCAAAAAAGAGAUUUUAGUUACCGAUUCUGGAAAACCAAUAACAUCUGAAAAUUCAAUUGUAAUUCAAACGCCAGACGGACCACGUGAAGUUGUUUUCAAAACAAAACCGGAAAGUGAUAGUGCAAAAAAUACAAUUUUUGUCAAAACUUCAGAUGGUUCACGUGAAGUUUCAUUCACUGGAAAUGGUUCUACUAGAACUGUGAUUGUUCAAACAGCUGAUGGUAUGAAAGAAGCAAUUCUUACUGAAGAGUCAUCUACUGCAACGUCUCCACCAAUUGCAAAAGAAGUUAUUAUUGAAACAUCAGAAGGUCCACGUCAUAUGAUUGUGACUGAUUCGGGAAAACCAGCGAUUGUGAUUGGUGAUGGACUUCCAGUUGUAGUUCAAACACCAGAUGGACCGAAAGAGGUCAUUUUGACAAAACCAGUGCCAAUCGCUACAACCGGAGCGACAUCAAAUGAAAGAACAGUUUUUGUUCAGACUCCAGAUGGAAUGAGAGAAGCUAUUUUGACUGAAACUGAUGUUGUUUCAUCUACAAAUGGACCAACACCAUUGGGAAGAACAGUUAUCAUCCAAACACCUGAAGGACCUAAAGAAAUAAUUGUACCAGAAACUGGAAAAUCAAAUAUUCCAAUUGGUUCGGGCCCAAUCAUUAUUCAAACUCCAAAUGGGCCAAGAGAAGUUAUUCUAACAAGUACUGAUUCUGAAGAUGUCGAAACUGCAAGAGAAAUCACUAUUCAAACAUCUGGUGGCCCAGAACAAGUUAUUGUGACUGAAUCAAAAGUGAAAGAACCGAUUUCAACACUUGUUAUUCAAACACCAGAUGGUCCGAAAAAAGUGACUUUGUAUAAUGCCGCAAAUGAUGAUAAAGUUGGAAGAAGAGUGUUUGUUCAAACAUCAGAUGGUUUGAAGGAAGCAAUUCUUCAAGAAUCCGAUGAUAUUAUAACUGGGCCACCUGCUGGAAAAUCAAUAACUGUUGAAACAUCUGAAGGACCAACUGAAGUUAUCAUAACUGAAAAUGAAACACCUGUUCUUGUUGAAACAUCGGAAGGAGAUUUGAAAGAGGUUAUUCUUAAAGAAUCGACCACUCCACUUGUCACAACAACUCCAUCAUUUUCUGGAGCUGGAGUUUCUUCACUCGGUGUAACUCGGCCAACAACAAACAAAAAAGGUUCAACAACUUAUAAAUAUGAUCUUGAUACAAACAAUGGCUAUGAUUCACAAAAAACCUCCUAUUCAGGAGAUGAUCUCGCAAAAACAUAUGAUUCCGCUGUGUCAAGUUUUGACCCUGCUAUUUAUGGUAAAGUUAGUGAAUUUUCCCUCGUUUUCAAGAACACCUUAAUAUUUUUGCCUAUUUCAGAUUGAAAUUGAGGCUUCCAACAUCGGCAACUCUUACCAUUAA